GCCAAUCAUGCACAGCAUGACAACGCUGGUGAAAAACCAGAACUGGGGACCCAGCAUCUCGUCCUGGCGCGUCGUAAGCAGCAAAAUGGGGGAGAUCGGAGGUAUGAAAGGAUGGAGACUCAACCUGUUCAUCGACGAUGAGUCGUACAGGUACGUCCGGGCAGCGAGCUUCCGCCUGUACUACAGGUUCAGCACGGUGGUCAUACGGCCUAACAGGCCCGCAGCCAUCAGGGGCAAUAGAGCAGCAACUCUCCAGAACAAAGAUGCGAACAAACCGACAGUGUCUGGAGCAGGCCCGGAGGUACUAGGUAUGCGGGUGGACGAGGUGUCGGAGCAGCCAUGCGGAAGCUGGACUGAGAAGGCAGUGCCAUCGGCUACUACCGGCGUCCCAAAAGGAGGUCGCGUAGAUGAGCUACCCUCCACGCAGGAGCUCCUCGAAGGGUUAGGUGACCCAAUGGACAGCAGUACGGGGGACGGCGGGGAAGAGGAUCUGCCCUUCCUUGAACCCAUUUUGUAAUGCGGCUGCUCACGCGGCUGCAGCCUCAGCCGUUAUAACCAGCAGGUUCACUGUGGAGAARCUGGGCAUACUGCUGAUCCAAGAGCCUUGGGUCCACAGAGGAGAGGUUAAAGGCCUCAAAACGAAGGCAAACAAGAGUUUCUGACUCAGGACUUGGUGGCGGUGCAGGCCAGGGACUCUGAGGGCAAGGACUUCAUCCUGGCCUCAGCAUACUUCCCAGGGGAAGCACUUACAGCGCCUCCGAAGAUGGUAGAAAGGCUGGUAGAGCACUGCA